AUGGCCAUCGCCCACAUCGCCACCGAGUACGUCUUCUCCGACUUCCUGCUGAAGGAGCCCUCCGAGCCCAAGUACAAGGGGCUGCGGCUGGAGCUGGCGCUGGACAAGCUGGUCACCUGCAUCGCCGUGGGGCUGCCCCUGCUGCUCAUCUCGCUGGCCUUCGCGCAGGAGAUCUCCAUAGGUACCCAGAUAAGCUGUUUUUCUCCCAGCUCAUUCUCCUGGCGCCAGGCUGCGUAUGUGGACUCCUACUGCUGGGCGGCUGUGCAGCAAAAGCAGUUAUUACAGAGCGAUUCAGGACACAUUCCACUGUGGCUUCAUAAAUUUUUCCCAUAUAUCCUGCUACUAGUUGCUAUCCUGUUGUAUCUACCAUGCUUGUUCUGGCGCUUCACUGCAGCACCCCAUCUUUGCUCAGAUCUGAAAUUUAUUAUGGAAGAACUUGACAAGGCCUACAACAGGGCAAUCAAAGCAGCUAAUAGCUUUCACAGUGGCGACACUAGAGACCCCAGUAGUCUGCCUCCAGCUGUUAAUGAAAACUUGACACAAAGUUUGUGGGAGAUAUCUGAAAGCCACUUUAAAUACCCCAUUGUGGAACAAUACCUGAAGACAAAAAGAAACUCCAAAAACUUAAUAAUCAAAUAUGUUAUUUGCCGUUUACUAACAUUAGCAAUUAUCCUGUUUGCAUGCCUCUAUCUGGGCUAUUAUAUCAAUCUCUCCUCUAUGACUGAUGAGUUUUUGUGCACCAUCAAAACUGGAAUCUUAAAGAAUGACACAACAGUUCCAGAACUAGUUCAAUGUAAGCUUAUUGCUGUUGGCGUCUUCCAGCUACUCAGUUACAUUAACUUAUUUGUGUAUCUUUUGGUGAUGCCUCUUGUAAUGUAUGCCAUGCUCGUCCCAUUCAGGCGAAGCUCAGACAUUCUUAGAGUAUAUGAAAUUCUGCCAACGUUUGAUGUUCUGAAACUCAAGUCAAAUUAUGAUGAUUUAAGCCUCUACCUCCUCUUCCUUGAGGAAAAUGUAAGUGAGCUUAAAUCAUACAAGUGCCUCAAAGUGCUGGAGAAUAUUGCAGGCCCUGGGAAGUGUGACAUAAUCCAUCUGUUGCCAAACCUUGGUACGAUUAAGACGACAGAUACGGUAGAUGGGAAGCCAGCAACUGUGAAAGAGAAGCCUGACGAGAAAAUUACAGAAGAACCAGAAAGGACUACAACAGAACUACAAGUUUUAACAGAUCUGCUCCCAAGUUGCAAUACAAGCGCAAGCAACGAAGAUAAGGUUCGUCAAAGACUUAUAGAUUCUUCAUGCUGA